UCAUCCAAUGUCAGUUAAGUUUUCGGUUUCGCUGGGCGCGCCUCCACUUUCUGCACUUCUCCCUCAGCAGAGGCGCAGUGCGCUUUUACGCACAACUCCAGUGGCACUCUGUAGGAGAGCGGAGUGUCAUACGGAUCAUCAAUGUAUGAGCGAUGAGUUACCACUGCUGCACGAUGGUGGUCCUGCUGUCUGCUCUGUUCAUUCUCUGGGGAGAAACGGGUCUGUGCCUGGAGCAGGAGGGAGAGUUCCACUUUAAGGGAGACAUCCGGCACUUCUCCGUGGCUUAUAACACGGUUUACAUCGCUACCGAGAGGAGGCUGUACCAGCUGAGCCAUGACCUGACCCUGGUCCAGAGUCUGACCCAGAGAGGAAUCUUAAUAGAUCCACUGUCUUAUAACCCGCAGUUUAACCGGGUUUCUGAGACGGAUAUGUGGAACACAACUUUCAGUGUCAACGUGUUAUUGCCUCUUGUUGCUGAUGAAAACCUGAUAACAUGCGGCGUGUUUGAUAGCGGGUGUGGUUACUGCGAAGUUCUGGACUUGAAAAACGUUUCCAACGUGCUGUACAAGGAACACAUCCAGGUGGGGUCUCUGUGGCGCAGCAGCGCGUCCGUGAGCUUUCUGGUGAAUGUGGAGACUCGGACCCGGACAGAGACUUACAUUCUGGCCGCCGUGCAGCAAGACAGAGACAAACCUUCAAAAGCCAGCUGCCCCCCUGUUUCACAUGCAGUACAGCUGUAUAACACAAAUGACAAACAGAUGGGACAGAUAUUUUCCUUUAAUACCAAUGAAAAAGUCCCUGGGAUCCAAAGUGUCGGUGAUGUGGAGUUUGUGGAUGGAUUUCAGAUAAAUUCCAUCAUUUAUCUUUUCUCCAACCUGCCCUCAGGAGACCAAAACAACAAAGUGCGUCUCCUUUGGCUUAAAGAUGAAAAAUACAAACCUCAGACUCUGAAGUCUCUGCGGGGCGCGACCCUCAGUGUGUCUGAUGGAGGGAGAGGCUGCAGACUGAUCGCCUCCUCGGUCAUCCCGGGCGGUCCACCGAUGCUUUGGAUCGGCGUGUUCAGUGUGGAUGGAGGACAAACCAACACCGAGCUGGUGCUGUUUGACAUCAGCCCUGAUCUCAGCGGAGGGACAGAUACGGAUCCAGACUUCUGCGUUGAGUGUGGCAACAGAGACAGACCAGAGCCAAAGACACUGAGGCCAGAGAAGGUGAUCUUCAGGCAGGACUUCAUGACCUCUGUGCUGGCAGUGAGACAGAAGGAGUGGACAGUUCUCUUCAUUGGGACAGGAGAUGGACAGCUCAUUAAGCUUUCUGUGGACAAAAACUACCAAACCAUGUGUCCCACAGUGCUCUACAAAACCAGUGAUGACCGCAAGGUGUUUUCAAAAUUACAUCUGGAUCAGGUGGAUCUGAAACAUGUAUAUGUGCCAUUUCAAAACCAGAUAAAUCGUGUUCCUGUGUCAAAGUGUAGCACAUACAAAACCCUGCAGGACUGUUGGUCUGCACAGGAUCCAUACUGUGUCUGGUGUGGCUCCAAAAACAGCUGUACAUUUGAAGAAGACUGCCAAGAUUCAGACUGGUUGUCCAUUCCUGAUGAUUCUCAGCAGAACAAAAUGGUUUCCUACAAAGUUGCACAGGACCAGACCGGGCAGAUCACACUCAACAUCCAGAUGCAUGUGACUGUGGGCAAAGACGCAUCCUCUAACUUCGCCUGUCAGUUCUCUCCAAGUUCCAGUGAACGUUUUGAAAUGAAACAGCUUCCGCCAAAGUUCCCACAUUGUACCUCCAUCCUUAAAGACAGCACACUUCCUGCUAGAGCAGGACUGCCUGUAACCGUUAAGAUUAGACUUGGAACAACUUCUGUGGAAGAAAGGUUGAACUUACUAAACUGCACAAACAUCAGGGGACCACCAACAUCUGUCCUGUGUAGAAAGUGUAUCAUGGCUGGAUGUGGCUGGACUGCAAACGGCUGCUCUUGGGCAAAAGAAGGCGUGGGGAAUGACAGUGUUUGCCAAAAGAUGGAGUCAUGGAUGAACUUUUCUAGACCAGAGAUCUCCUCCAUCACUCCCAGUGUUGUGUCUUUCUACGGCAGGAACCACGCUGUGUUGUCCGGUAGUAACCUUAGUUCUGUAAUCGGAGUGAGGAUCCAGGCAGCCAUGGACUGCACACCUCAAGAGUCUCCUGUUUGGAACAACACUGGUAAACAUCUGACAUUCCACAUUCCCAGUGCAGAAAAUAAAGGUGUGGUCAAAGUGUGCAUUCUACUCCCGGAUGGUAGUUGUCAUGGCAGUGCCAAAAUCACCUACCGCUCAGCACCAUCCUGCAGCAACAUUUCACCCAACAGCAGCUGGGCCAGUGGGCAAAGGAAGAUCACAAUCCAGGGUUCCUUCCUGGAGUUUGUGGAAAUUAUCCAACACAGCGGAGCCCCACAGGAGGUCACACUUUCAGGAAACAUCAACUAUGAGCCUCUACAGAAUCUCACCUAUCACUCACCUGCAGCUGGAAAUACUCGAGGGACUUUUUCCAGCACUUUGUACCUGAAAGUAGCCAAUAAGAGCUUAGCCUGCUCCACAGGAAUAACCUACUAUCCAGACCCUGAGUUUACAACCUUCGCUUCCACAAAGACGGGGGACGAUGUCCGCAUCACCAUACAGAAAAAGGCAGACAAACUAGGGAUGACCAAAGAAGAGCUUUCAGUUUGGGGUAUUCAUGAAGAAAAACUACACCCCUGCAUCAUGACAGAAAAAGACACGAAUGAAGAGACUGAAUUUUUCAUCUGUGAGAUUCAAGGCACACCCAUCACUAAAUUUCGGGAGAUAAAGAUACAAUAUGGAGACCAAAAAGUAACCCUUAACACUUCAUCAAAUCCGUACCUUCUGAUGCUGAUUUUCCUUCUGCUGAUACCCUGUAUUAUUGUUGGUGUGGUGAUCUUCUAUCAGAGCAAACAAAAGAAACUUGCUGCAAAGAUGAACAAGAUUAUGGAAGACCUGGAGCUCGACAUCAGGAAUGACAUCAGACAAGGUUUUGUGGAUCUGCAGACAGAGAAAGCUGACCUGAUGGAAAAUGUUGGAGCGAUUCCUUUCCUGGAUUACAAGCACUUUGCUUCCAGGACCUUUUUUCCUGAGAGUGAAUCUUUGAUGAAGAUGUGCAUCAGAGACAUUGGACAGGAUGCAGUGAAAGUUCAGCUUGAUGAGUCUUAUAAGGGUUUGUCCAAGCUGAUUCAGGACCAGCUCUUCCUCACAUCCAUGGUACAUGCUCUGGAGGAGCAGAAGAGCUUCACCAUCAAAGACAAGUGUGCGAUGGCGUCACUACUCACUGUAGCGCUCCACAACAACUUGUCGUACCUGACGGAGGUGAUGGAGACACUGCUAAAGGAUCUGAUGCAGCAGAACAGUAACACUCAGCCAAAACUCCUUCUGCGACGCACUGAGUCCAUCGUGGAGAAACUACUGACCAACUGGAUGUCCAUUUGUCUGUACGGCUUCCUCCGGGAAACUGUUGGCCAACACCUGUUCCUGAUGGUGAGCGCUCUCACACAGCAGACCGCAAAAGGACCUGUGGACUGUGUGACAGAGAAGGCUCUGUACACACUCAGCGAGGACUGGCUGCUGUGGCAGGCUCCAGACUUCACCUCCCUGAAGCUGAAGGUGCUGUUUGCAGUGGGCAGUGAUGGAGAGGUCAGCGAGCCUCUGGAGGUUGGUGCUCUCAGCUGUGACUCAAUAGAGCAAGUCAAAGAGAAAAUCCUGUCCACCUUCAAGGCUAAGUUUGGUUUCCCGUACAACACUGCGCUCAGGGACGUGUGUAUCGAGUUUGAAAAGGAUGGAUCAUUUGCUCCUCUUGAAGAAGUGGAUUCAAGCUCAGAGGUUAUCGGGGAAGUGAUGAUGCUCAACACACUCAAGCAUUACAAGGUUCCUGAUGGAGCGACAAUCAAAGUGUUGUCUAGGAAAAUUCAUCCUCCUCUGAGCCCACAGGGAAGUCUGAAAGAUGAUGAAAACUUCUCUGGAAAAUACUUCCACUUGAUUGACCCAGAUGUAGAUGAGGACCAGAGGAAGAACCCAGAGAGGAAGAAGUUAAAACUGAAGGAAGUGCACCUCACCAAACUGCUCUCCACCAAGGUGGCGGUGCAUUCGUAUGUGGAGAAUCUGUUCAAAUCUAUUUGGGGUAUGCCGCACUGUAAAGCCCCGCACGCUGUCAAAUACUUCUUUGACUUCCUGGAUGCUCAAGCAGACAACAUGAAGAUCACCGACCCAGACGUGCUGCACAUCUGGAAGACUAACAGUUUGCCCCUGCGCUUCUGGAUCAACAUUCUGAAGAACCCACAGUUUGUUUUUGACAUAGAGAAGACCCCAAAUCUGGACGGCUGCCUGUCGGUCAUCGCUCAGGCCUUCAUGGACUCUUUUUCUCUGAGUGAGAUACAGCUGGGGAAGCAUGCUCCAACCAACAAGCUCCUCUACGCCAAAGACAUCCCCAAGUUCAAACAGGAGGUGAGGCUGUACUACAAGCAGAUCAGAGACCAGCCACCAAUCACACACUCAGAAUUCAGGGACUUCCUGCUGGAGGAGUCAAAGAAACAUGUUAAUGAGUUCAAUGAAGCUGCAGCCCUCAAAGAGCUCUUCAAAUUCAUCAGGCGAUACUUCACAGAGAUCAAAGAGAAGCUGGACCAAAACGGAGCUCCUGCUGAGCUGACAGAGCAGCUGCAUGAAGUUAAAAACUUAUUUGAUGGACUAAAAAGCUGCUCCUGGGACUGAACAGCAUCCUUUUAUUCAGAUGAACUAUGAAAGAAAUGAAGAACUGAAGAUGAGCUCAAAGGGGCAGCUAACCAUGCUGGGAACCGAAUGAUUCAGUGUGUCUUUAAAUCUCAAGUUGUUCUGCCCUGACAUGGUGAAGGUCUGUUGAAGUAUUGGCAGUUCUUGGCAUUUAAACGGACAACUCUGUAGCAGAUAUGAGAGGACACUUGAACUGGAUGAAUGUGUAGUGCUAUUCUGAGGCUUCACAACUACGCCAAUGUGAUGCACAAUAAUACUGACCGUAAUGACUCAUGAUCACACACAAACCACAGUGAAAAGAUUUAUCUGUACAUAUUCUUUUUGCAAUACAAUUCUAUUACAACAAAA